AGCAGAGAGAGGUUAAUGUCCGACAAUGUACAGCAAUAAAGUGAUAAAAUUAAUAAUUGUCUAUUUGGUUAUAGAUAUAACAACAGUAUUUAAAGGUUAUUCGAAGUAUGCUCAAGGUAAUAAUCUCACAAGACGUGGCAGCAUGAACAUCAAGACAAAAGUUUUAAUAAUUGGAGCCGGUGCGUCCGGAAUAUCAGCUGGCUGUCAGUUGAUUAAAAAUAAUUUCAAUGAUUUUGUUAUUUUGGAAGCAAAAAAUCGGAUUGGUGGCAGAAUUUUUACAACUAGAUUUGGUGACAAUGUAGUUGAUUUAGGCGCACAAUGGGUCCAUGGAGAAAAAGAUAACGCUGCUUAUAAUUUAGCCCAUCCUCGUGGGUUGUUAGAAUCAUCAAGUAAAUUAAACAACUACAGUAAUCAUGUUUUUGCCAUGUCUGAUGGUAAAAUUGUCCCAGCUGAAGAAACUGCUGAAAUUUGGAGAUUGUAUUACUUGAUAAGUGAUGGAAUCAAUGAAAAGUUGAAAGGAAAUGAAGAUAAAUUUAAUUCCUACGGAGAUUAUUUCAUUCAAGAAUACAACAAAGUAUAUGAAAAAAACAAAUAUACCAAUGAAAAAAGAGCUAAAGAGUAUUUGGGAUGGAUGGAACGUUUUGAUGACAGUAUACAAGGAAGCGAUACAUGGUUCGACGUAUCAACGCAUGGUAUUCUUGAAUACUGGAUAUGUGAAGGCGAUUUGUUGUUGAACUGGAAGACAAGUGGAUUCCAAACAAUACUGCAGUUGAUGAUAAAUGACAGUAAAGUUAACUCAGAUGUGAAAAUAGAAGACAAAAUAAAACUAUCUCAAGAAGUUGAAAACAUAAAUUACACGAACCCAAAUGAAAUAAUUGUAACGACCGCUGAUGGUAACAAUUACACGGCAUCAAAUGUAAUUAUAACGACGUCGUUGGGUGUUUUGAAAAAUUAUCACAAGAAAUUAUUCAACCCUUCAUUAUCUCUAGCAAAACAACGAACUAUUGAAGGAUUAAACUUUGGAUCAGUAAAUAAAAUUUUUCUCGAGUUUCCGUACCGUUGGUGGCCAGAAGAUUCAGCAGGUUUUGGGUUCAUUUGGCAGGAUGACGAUAAGAAGACAUUUUUGGCUGGCAAUAAGGAAAAUGAAUGGUUACUUGAUGUCUUUGAAUUUAUGACUGUUGACCACCAACCGAGGGUACUCUGCGGCUGGAUAAUUGGAGAAAGUUCUCGUUACAUUGAAAAAUUAAGCGACAAAUACGUCGAAGAUCAUUUAUAUGAAUUGUUGAAGAAAUUUUUGGGAAAUUCUUAUGAUAUACCAAGUCCAACUAAAAUUUUAAGGUCACAAUGGUCAACGGAUAAACAUAUACACGGUUGUUAUUCAUUCCGUAGUUUAAAAUCAGAAGAAUUAAACGCUACUGCUAGUAAAUUAGCAGAACCUAUUCUUGCGAAGAAUGGAAACCCUAUGAUCAUGUUUGCCGGAGAAGCAACACAUGAUCACUUCUACUCAACAGUUCACGGUGCAAUUGAAGCUGGGGAACGUGAAGCUAACCGUUUGAUCAAUUUUUACCGUCAAACGUCAUCACGCUUGUAGAAACUUGUUUCUUCCAUUUAUGAGUACAUAAUCAAAUAUG